AUGUAUAAUCCUUAUCAAGCCCCAGGUCUCUAUGGAGGCGCCCCGGAUUACGGUGCCUAUGGUGCCCCUCCAGGCAUGGCGCCGCCCGGAAUGGCUGCUCCAGGAACCGCAGCUCCUCCCGGCAUGCAGCAAGCCAACAACCAACAGCCUGGUCGCCCUGGGUACCCACCCAGCUUCCAACCUCCGGCGAACAUGCCCAAUAUCAAUUUCUCCGCGCCGGUCAUUCGUCUAGGAACAUCGGGCCCAGCCAAGGCUGCAGCCCCAGAUAUGGGCCGAGAGCGGGGACCAGAUGGCCCUGGUCGACGCGGCGGUCUUGGAUCGACUGGGAUGGACGCUCAGCGCAACUCUGGCCGUGACACGAUGAUGCCACUACAUCCUCCUACUCGCGAUGAGAUUGUGCGCACGCUCUUCGUUGGAAAUAUCACCGAGGGCGUGGGUGGUGACGAUGGCAUUGAGCGCAUCCUUCGAUCUGCUGGUAUCCUACGCCGCUGGAUUCGCGCCACCGACGCCGAUGAGAAGCCCUGUCGAUUCGGAUUUGCCGAGUAUGACGACCCCGAGAGUCUCGAGAUUGCCGUUGAGACGUUGAAGAACGUGGAGGUGCCAGUCAAGAGACAAUCUCCUCGUGCGGAGGGUGCCGAGGAGCAGGAAGUUGAGAAAAGCACACUUUUGGUCGUUGUUGACGAGGGUACCCUCACCUACCUGGAGCAAUUCGAGUCCAGCCGAGCCGAACAAGACCCUGAAGAUCGCCAGGCUCGGUUCAGCGCAGCUCGCACUAACCUGGACAAUGCUCUGAAGGACCUCUUCCAUCCAUCCACCCCUACUCAGAAGGAGGAUGUUUCCACUCUUGACCGGGAAGGUGACACUGAGAUGGGAGAUGUCCAAGUUACAAAGGAUGGAGAAGUGGUUACAAUUCCUAUCACAGCCGAGGACGAGCUGGCCGACAUUCCGCCUGAGAUGCGUGCCAAUGUCUCCAAGGAAAUUGCAGCAUUCCGUGAGCGCAGCAACCGCCGUGAUGUCGAGCGUCUGAAACGUGAGGAAGAGAUCGAGGCGAGGGAGCGGGAGCGCAAUUCUGGAUCUCGUAUUAACCGACUUGGUUCGCCUCCAGCCUCGGCUCCGAGUGGCCCUGCAGGCGGUACUAACGGAAUUCCACUUGGCCCUCGGGACCGCAACGUGCCCAACGCACCUUCUGGUCCAAAGGCAUUUGGCGUGCAGAUUCCCAGGGACUACCAGAAGGGUGUCUCUUUCGUGAAUGGUGGCUCGCUCAAUGGAAUUUCCAUUGAUCGCGAGGACGAGGACUCCGAUGCCAGCGACGAGGAAAUCUACCGCCGCCAGCAGGAAAGACAAGAGUCUGAGCAGGAAAAGCACUUCUUGGACCAAGAGCGCCGCUGGCUCAACCGCGAACGCAGCCGAACCGCUGCUCUGGAGCGUGAGAAAAAGCGCGAACAAGAAGAGGAUGGAAAGCUACAGGCUGCCCACGAUGAAAUGGAAGCACGCCUUGGUGCCUGGGAUGACGAUACCGAGGCUAGCCGAAAGACUACAGAUUACUACGCGGACCAUGGUACCUGGCUUCGCACUCGUGGCGCAUACCGCUCACGCGAAGCCAACAUUGACGAGUCUGAUCGCAUUGCCGAGGAUCGCGAAACCGCGCAAACCGCCAAGCAGCAGGAGCAGGCCCGUGGUAUGGCUGAUGACUUCCUGGCACGCCAGGCCGAGGAGCUCCAAACACGCCCCGUCGAAGCACCCCGUGAACCCCAGCGCUUCAAGCUCUCCCUCGGAGCCGCUGCCCAGAAGGCCCAGGCUGCGACCACUCGCCGCACUGUUGCCGAGGUGGAAGGUCUGCUUGAGGACGAGGAAGAACCCGAACACACUACCCGUCGCCAGCUCAUUCCCAUCAAGUUCGACUCUGCGGCUGAAGCUGCCGGUCUGACCGACGAAGAGCGUGCCCAGGCUGCCCGCCAGCUUGCAGCAGAGAUCCCCACCGAGAAGCAAGGUCUUUGGGACUGGCCUGUCAAGUGGGAGUUUGUGGAUGAAGCUGUUCUCAGCGAUCAGCUGAAGCCGUUCGUGGAGAAGAAGAUUGUCGAGUAUCUCGGUGUGCAGGAACAGAUGCUGGUCGACGUUGUGGAGGAACACCUGCGGAAACGGGGCCCUCCCCAGGAAUUGGUGGAGCAAUUGGCAGAAGCAUUGGACGAAGAAGCGGAAGUGCUUGUCCGCAAGCUUUGGCGCAUGGUGAUUUUCUUCUCCGAGAGCGAAAAGCGUGGCCUGUCCGCUUAA